AUGAAUUAUUUUUAUUUAAUUAAAUAAAGAGAAAAUAAAGUUGGAAAUGAAGGAUCUAUUGCACUCAGUGAAGGUUUAAGUAAAUGCUAAAAUCUAAGAGAGUUAAAAUUGUACAUAAAUUGCAUAGAAAUUACUAUAGAAGGGUAUUAAAAAAUAGAUUAAUGCUUAUCAGGUUUAGUAAAUUUAUUAAAUUUCGAGUGCUUUCUACUUAAUUAAUCUGAAUUGUUAAAAUCAUAAGAUAUCCUCAACUGUAAAAAUAUCAAAGUAAUUUCAUGCUUUUUCCCAUACAAGAAAACAGAAUUCUUUUUGAAUAGACAUAUAAAUAAAGCUAAGAAAAUCAAAAGACUGGUUAAAUUUAUAAAAAAUUGA